UCGUCCAACACUUGUAUAGACGUCGUUAUGGCAGCCCAUGCUACUGAGCUUGAAAUUGCCAAGAAACAUUUAACUGACGCAAUUGGUGAUAAUGUUAAACAUUACUGGGCGAACUUGAAACUGUGGUUCAAACACAAGAUAAGCAAGGAAGAGUUUGACAUCGAGGCUCGUCGCCUUUUGGCACAAGACAACGUUCAUGUCCACAAUGACUUUCUCCUGGCCAUUCUCACACGUUGUCAGAUAAUCGUCUCCACACCAGAGGGUGCUGGAUCUUUGCAGUGGGCAGGUAGCUCAGCCUCCAAGCCUGGCAAGCCUGCCAAAGGAAAUAAGAAGUUCUCCUUCAGACAGAAAUUUGAUCAUCGCUUCCAGCCCCAGAACCCUCUGAGUGCGGCCCAGGCCUUCAGCCCGCGGGAGGUUGGGAGUGAGGAAGAGGAGCUGAGACUUAGUGCCCACACCCUGUUGCUGCCCACCCGGGGCCAGCUGGAGGCCCGCAUGAUGGUCACCGCUUUUGAGCUGGGCCUGGACAACGUCACGGAGGACGCCGUCAGCACCAUGGUCCACGCAGUGGAGAACCAACUGAAGGACAUGCUGACUGCUGUGGUGUCCAGGAGGAAGGCCUACCGAGUGCGUGAUGGACACUUCCCCUACGCCUUCGGCAGUGAUGUCACCCCCCAGCCCUACUUGAAGAACAGCCUGGCAGCCUACCACAUUGUCACAGAUUGCCCACCUCACAGUGCAUCUCGUCUGGCCGGCCUGCCCCCUCAGCUAUUACAAGACGAUGCUGAGCAGCAGGCUGCUCUCCUAUUGGCCUGUUCUGGUGACCGUCUCCUUGCGCCCCUCCCUCCGAUCAGCAUGUUUGAUCUCCUGGAAGCGUUACAGGUCCACCGAGGUGUGAUGCCCUCUCACACCAUGUAUGCCCUGAACAUGGAACGGAUUCUGUCCCGGCUGUGGCAUCCUAGUCACGAGGAACUGGAGCAGGACCGUGUGCACCGCCAACGCCUCGCAGGGAACGAUGGUCUGCUCGUCAGCUGAGACACACACACAGACAGUCUGGUGGAUAGACAGGCAGAUUGUUGUGGGGGUAUGGCUGAGACAAAUGGAGAGUUUAACACACAGUGUUGAGGCAUCCAUAUGGCCCCUAAACCCUGCCUUGAAGCAGAGCAAGAGGAUGAUAUCGAAGACUGGAUUUCCACUCCACUAGGUCUACUCCGUAGAGGCUCUGCAACCGCUUCACCACGCACCACUUUACACUAGUGUCAAUAACGUUUUCGAACGCUUGGUAGAGUGCAAACCCAGCCUAAGAUGCACAGAGCUGUGCUGUAAUGAAAAGGAAGGAAGGAAGGAAUGAAGGCCCAGUGUGGUGUGGUCACGGACAGCUUGUUAUGGCACUAACAUGUCUACACAGGUGCGCACACAGUGAUAUCUCUCCCAUAGCCUCUCUGACCCUCCUUUAAAUGCACCGUUAGUGAUGUUAAUACGUUUGAGGUGUGCAUUUCUGACCUGGUGGGUUUAUUUUGUCAGUUAAUUUGUUUGAUAGAAUAGUGUUACAUUUGUUGUAUUUCCCAAGCCUCUGUGUACAAAUGUUGCAGCCUUAUUAUUGCGAUAUUAACAUGCUCUUGUAGAGUUAUGCCUGAGUAGUACACUUGGGUCCUUGUUCACUGUACUUUGUCAGAGCAAUGCAUGCAUUAGUAUGCAUACAAAUAUGUAUGUGUGUGUGUGUGUGUGUGUAUAUUGUUUAGUUAUUAUUAUUUUUACACCAGCGAUCUUGUUUAAUAUCAAAGUCCACUUGACCAAUAGUAUUUACUCUAGUAUCUUAUGGUGCCACUGUUGCCAAUGACAUCUACAGUGCCACCAACUGGUCUGGUGCAGCCAUCUAAGGUUGCAGUGACUUUAUGUUCACACAGCUUGUAAGGACAUAUACGUAAGGUUUACUUACCAAGAUUCAUGGCCCAUGUCCAUCGGUUCAGUUCUUUAUAGCCCUGGUGUGAUAUGGUGCCAUCUUGUGGUGCAGUGUGGCCGACUUUGAAUGCAGCAACUAAUCAUUGUCAAAUUCAUUAGGCUAAUUCAUUGACUCCAGAUUUGGUAUAUAGACUCAAUCUGACUUCAUGAGUUCAUGAGAAUAUGUUUUAAGUAUUAUUAGCAUAUGUGCUAACAUGCAUCUAUAGGUUCAUCUUAAGGACGUCCAUGAUGCGUUUCAAGUUGAAGGCCACUUUGUAGUGGCUUUACAGUGGUUUAAAUGGACACGUCAAAUCUGAUUUUUGAUUUGUUAACUCUGCCAUCUUUUUACCAAUCCCUUUAGCUUUUCUCAAGCUAAGUUAAGAUGUAGCAUGGGCCAACAUUCCACAUUUGGUGUCAUGGUUCAUGAGAAGAUUUCUUUGAAGUUAUUAUAUUUUUGUUUUUCCACAUUUUAGCAUGUGCUAAUAUGCAUCUAUUGGUAUAGAGUGGCCAUCUUUGAAUGCAUUAAUGUUAUUUUCUCAAACUGUUUAGGGACUGUUUUGAUGAUUCAAAAUACCAAAUUCUGAGUGUAUCAGACUUUCAGUCCAGGUGAAGAUUAUUUUAUGAUUACUUUAAACAUUAGCCUUACAUAGUCAAAGUGAAUUGUUAAUAGUUUCCUAACUUUAAAGAUAUCAAAGCCAAACUUAACAUGGUUCAUCAUGGUAAUGUAUUUGAUGACCCUACAAAGUUGAUAGGCCAUUGUGGAUUUACAAAGGUUUUAAAUGGACAUGUAAAAUCUUGAUUUCCUGAUUUAUCAAUAACUCCGCCAUCUUGUCACCAAUCCCUUAGUUUGAGAAAAACUAAGUUAAUAAGAGAUGGUAUAAUUUGGAUUUAUGGUUCAUGAGAAGUUUUUCAAAGAUUUUUCAAAAUGUCCAAGAUGGAGGAAAAUCUAUCCUGAGGGACCGUAUGGGUUCUUAAGGCAAAUUUGUUCAGCAUAGCUUUGCUGUGAAUCCCUUAUAAUAAUAGUAAACAGUAUGGCAGCAUCAUAAGUGGUGUGCAAGUGUCCGUGUAGGCGUGAUAGUCCUGUUUACAUGUAUAUUGGCCUAAAACAUGACUGGUAGCAGGGAUAUAUAUAACUACUUAUGGUAAUAUACUAAUGGUAUUAUAUACGGUGCAUUUGGAAAGUAUUCAGACCCCUUGACUUUUUCCACAUUUUGUUACGUUACAGCCUUAUUCUAAAAUUGUUUUGUUUUUUAGAAAAUCCUCAGUCUACACACAUUACCCCAUAAUGACAAAGUGAAAACAGGUUUUUAGAUUUUUUUUUGUGCAAAUGUAUUAAAAAUAAAACAUACCUUUUUUAUUUAAAGUA